AAUCCCAGUUCAGUUUUGGCUCGCGUCGAAGACUAUGAUCGCGGGACUGUUGUUACUCUCGUUGGCUGGGCUUGUGCUCGGUUUGGGGGCUUUUCAGAUUCAGCCGCUACUAAAUGAAACGAUAAACGAUGAAUGGGUAUGGCUAUCGCUGCCAGAGGACCAGAGGAUUUCUUCCGUGUUUUUCUACACCGAAUUCAGUGAAAACAAGUGUCCGGCCUUUAACUACAGAGUUGACCCAAAUUCAGGACAUCCGUGGGCCAUUAAAGAGCACCUAAAUGACACCCUUCGAGUCGCGGUCAUUGUUGAAACUAAUGAAAACGAGACAAUUAGCGGAACGUUUAAAAUUUUAGCCAGUGAUGGAGGCACAAGAGACUCUGGUCGAGUAGUGCCGGUCAGGAAGUACAGCAUAGGCCAAAGGCUACCCUGGGAUUGCGAGACACUAAACCGUACCCAGACGUAUUGCGUUCCAACAUCUUCUCAGAUCAAUGACCAGCCCUGUGCAUGCGGUGGACGAAUGAUCUUCCGUGAAGAAUUUGAGAAUGAGAGUUGGAAAAACAAAUGGAAGCAUCUGCAGCAAUCACAGCUUCUUAUUCCCGACUACGAGGGCGUGGCCUUUGUGCAGGAUCGCCACAAUUCAUAUGUGAAAGAUAAUGCCUUACAUCUGCAUGUCACCCGGUCCAAUUAUAGCACGGAAAGGCCAUUUUAUCUCCCAAAUUGCACCAAAGACAACGUUAUGAGAAAUAAACUCUACUGCGGCCACAGCGAAUUUAACCAAAAUUUUAAACAAUUUUUUCCCCCAUAUAAUUCAGCCAGCAUUAAAUCCGAUUCCACUUUUAAGUAUUGUCGAAUCGACAUAGUAGCCAAACUGCCAAUUGGUGACUGGCUAUUCCCAGUACUCUCGCUGAAAUCCAAAUCGGGGCAUUCCAUUCGCAUUGCCAUUGUCCGAGGCAACGAGCAACUGAUGGACAGUUCCGGAAACGAGAUUGGUGGCACGAUGCUCUUUGCAGGUGCCAGCAAACACGAGGCAGAGCAGCACAUCUCUGUUGGCAAGCACUUUGGCGAAGACUUUCACACUUAUACGGCAAUUUGGAAGGAGAAUAUCAUUAUUUUCAAGGUCGAUGGACGUACAUACGCCGAAAUAACCGACAAGGACAUCCUGGAGGACUUAAGUGAGAGUAUGUGCCACAUCGAGCUGGCGGUAACUGUCGGCGGAGAGGAUAAUUUCCCCGACUCACGUGUAUUGUCCGACCAAAAACCCUUCCUGAACAAAAAGCUCGGUGGAAUUCCAAAACUAAUCCAUUGGAAACAUCCCAAACUAGUCAUUAGAUCCGUCAGAGUUUAUUCCAUUACCGAUAAUGAACAAUAAAAUUAUUUAAAUGCU